AUGAAUGUCCUCAAACUGCAAAGAAAAUUUCCCCAGUUUCCUCAAAAUGAAAUUUUUGCGCUCUCCGACGCCUUCCAGCGCCUCGAUGUCGACGACAAGGGCUACCUAGACGAAGCUACUGCCAUCAAGGCGACUCAACAGAGUGAAAAUCAGCCAUACGACGUCGUGCGACAAGCUCUUAAAGAGGUUGAGCUGGACUCUUCGCGACGUGUAGAGCUCGAAGACUACGUUGGACUUAUUUCCAAACUCCGCGACUCUUCGCCAGCCCAGAAACGGCUCUCAACCGGCCCUACACCAGCUAGCCCCAGCGGUGUCGUGGCUCAACGCACUGGCGGCCAUGCAUCCAAGGGCAGCGUCGGCGGGAAGAUCCAGGUCCAAGGUUCGAGCGCCAACGUCACCCAUACCAUCAACGAAGAUGAGAGGACCGAAUUUACUCGUCACAUCAAUGCUGUUUUGGCUGGCGACGCCGAUAUUGGCAAUCGUUUGCCCUUCCCCACAGACACUUUCGAAAUGUUCGACGAGUGUAAGGACGGUCUUGUCUUGGCCAAGCUCAUCAACGACAGCGUACCCGACACCAUUGAUGAGCGUGUUCUCAACGUAGCUGGUCGCAAGAUCAAAUCCCUCAAUGCUUUCCACAUGACUGAGAACAACAACAUUGUCAUUGAGUCCGCCAAAGGUAUCGGCUGCUCCGUUGUCAACAUUGGCGCUGGAGACAUUAUCGAAGUGCGUGAGCAUCUCAUCCUUGGUCUGAUCUGGCAAAUUAUUCGACGAGGCCUGCUCGGCAAGAUUGAUAUCAAGCUCCAUCCCGAACUGUAUCGUCUUCUGGAAGACGGUGAGACUCUGGAGCAAUUCCUUCGUCUCCCUCCUGAGCAGAUUCUCCUCCGGUGGUUCAACUACCACCUCAAGGCUGCCAACUGGCCAAGAAGGGUCAACAACUUCUCAAACGACGUCAAAGAUGGUGAAAAUUAUGCCGUCCUCAUGGCACAAAUUGGUCCCGAAUACGGCUGCACCCGUGCACCGCUCCAAACGAACGACCUCCUUCAACGAGCCGAGGAAGUCCUGCAAGAAGCCGACAAAUUGGGCUGCCGCAAAUUCCUGACCCCCAAGUCCCUCGUCGCCGGUAACCCCAAGCUCAACCUUGCCUUUGUGGCUAAUCUCUUCAAUAAUCAUCCUGCCCUCGACCCCAUCACGGAAGAGGAGAAGCUUGAAGUCGAAGACUUUGAUGCUGAAGGUGACCGCGAAGCCCGAGUUUUCACACUCUGGCUCAACAGUCUCGACGUGCAGCCUGCUGUCGCAUCCUUCUUCGACGACCUCCGCAACGGAUAUAUCCUUCUCCAAGCCUACGACAAGGUUAUCAAGGGUAGCGUAAACAUGAGGCGCGUCAACAAGCCCAAGCCCAGAUCCAGUGACGCCCCUUACUACCACGAUCCCGAAAACGAGAACCCUGAGGAUCUUCUUCAAAUGUCUCGUUUCAAGUCUUUGGAGAAUACAAACUACGUCAUUGAGCUCGGUAUACAAAACAGAUUCUCGCUGCCCAGCACUCAAGGCGCCGAUAUUACUGACGGCCAGCGAACACUCACUCUUGGCCUUGUAUGGCAGCUCAUGCGCAAGGACAUCAAUGUUACUUUAUCUUCGCUCGCCAAGAAGCUGGGCAAGAGCGAAAUCACCGACUCUGAGAUGGUUCGCUGGGCAAACGACAUGUCUCGCCAAGGUGGCAGAAACUCCUCGAUCCGCAGCUUCAAGGAUCCUUCCAUCGCCUCCGGCGUGUUCCUGCUGGAUGUGCUGAAUGGCAUGAAGAGCAGUUAUGUCGACUACGACCUCGUUACGGCGGGCAAGACGGAUGAGGAGGCAUACAUGAACGCGAAAUUGAGUAUCAGCAUUGCCAGAAAGCUGGGCGCGACUAUCUGGUUGGUGCCGGAGGAUAUUUGCCAGGUUCGAAGUCGCUUGGUGACUACUUUUAUUGGUUCUCUGAUGGCAACACACGAAAAGAUGUAG